ACUUCCUUGCGCAGGCUAGUGCCGACUGACGCUAUAGCUGUCAUAAUUUGUAAACAUGUAAAGCUUCACUCUCAUGGACUCGGGGACAAACAGUGCUAGUUUGUUUACAGUAAACAUUCUGUCAGUGAGGGAGAAAGGGUAGCAGGAAAUGGAAGUAACUGGCUCAGUGAAGAUGGAGGGAUUUGAAUUUAUAGCAGUGAAGAAUGAACGAGUUGAGGAUAUGGAAGCUGUUGAACCAGUAGCAUUCCAGGGAACUGAUGACGUGGAAGUGAAAGAAGAGAAAUUUGAAGAUGUCUCUGAACCUGAUACUGCAGAUGUGGAACAGGCACCAGAAACAGGCCACCCGUUGGAGAUGCUCCAAAUUGAAAUCAAAGAGGACGAAGCACUUGGGCCAAAAGAAAAAGUGUUAAACAAUACAUGGUUACUGCAGAGUGCUUCUGGAAAAUGUACUGAUACAUCAGGAGAAGGUCUUACAAAUUCAAGUAGCGUUAUCAGUGUUGACAGUUUGCAACCAUCAUCCUACAUCUGCAAACGCUGUGGCAAGAUAUUUCCUGAUGCAAUAAGCUUGAGAAAGCAUUCUUUGAAUGAUAAGAGGAGACCAUUUGUGGCAGCAGGAGUGGAGACAUUCAAAAGUGUAGCAUUGGAGUGGUGGUUUUGUGAAAUAUGUCAAAAAAGAUUCAAAUCAAAAGACUUCCUGACAGUACACAUGUCAGAACACGCUACAGAAAUUGAGACAACUGCUUCAUCUGUGAGUGAAGAUGCUGAGGCUGAUGAACGCAAAUGUGAGCAGGUAAAACUACGCCCAUACAAGUGUGAAGUCUGUGGAAAAUCUUUCACUGAAUCAUCCAGAUUGACAAGACAUGCAAAUUCACACUCGGGUGUGCACCCAUAUAAAUGCAAUGUGUGUGGCAAAUCUUUCAGACAGUUAUGCCAUCUGAAACGACAUGAACUUAUACACACUGGGGAACUACCAUAUAGUUGUGAUGUUUGCGGCAAAUCAUACAAUAGAUCUGACCGACUUGAGAGUCACAAACGCACACACACAGGGGAAGUGCCUUACUGCUGUGAAUUCUGUGGUAAAGGUUUUAAAGACCCUUUCAAUCUCAAGAGGCACAAACGUCAGCACACUGGAGAAAGACCAUACAGUUGUGAUAUCUGUGGGAGAACUUUCACUGUGUCUAUUCGUAUGAAGGAACACAGGAAAAUUCAUGAAAAAAAGAAAGUGUAUACUUGUGAUGACUGUGGUGGAACUUUUACAGAAUCUCAUGCUUUAACUGUGGUGAGACGUGAUGGAGAAAGGAAACGAAGUUGUGAAGUUUGUCGUAAACAGAGUGGUAAAUUUAGGAGACGCAGGCGAGCAGGAAUGAUAGGACCAUUACCAACAUUUGACUGUGAAGAUUGUGGUAAAUCUUUUGAUCGGUUAAGUGGGUUGGAAAGACACAAACGAAUGCAUACAGGAGAACGUCCCUUUGGUUGUGAACAUUGUGGCAGGUCUUUUACUCAGGCUAGAGGUUUGAAGAGUCACAUAUGUACUGAUACAGAAGGGCCACCAUAUGUCUGUCAAAUUUGUGGUAAAAGUUUUGACAUAUCCAGUAGUCUUAAGAAACAUAACACAAAGAAACACAAAAUGUAAUAUGUGCUUUUUUUUGUGAUACUUGUUCUAAGUUGUGAAUUUUGAAGCACUAGCACAAAUAGCGGUGAAUCUAUGUUAUUGUGAAAUCAGCUUGUGAUAUGACUCUGAUUCUGCCACCAUAUCCAUCUUGUGGUCUUCAUAUUGACAGUUGGAGGAAUUCUGUAAGCUUCAGAAACUGAAAGAGCCCACGAAUAAACAGAUUGGUGCUGUACACUUGUGUUAACAUGCACUAUUGUUCUUAGCUGUAAAAAGAAGUUGAUGAUAUACAUUCCACAGGGAUUGUGUUGCUUCAGUCUAUUAUGGUGGAUCAGGAGAGGUGCUUGCAUUAACUUCUACAUUUUUGGGUCUUCAGAUAAUAAUACAGUAAAACCUGUAAUUGAUUAAAAUGAUAGCUAACAUUAUGAAUGUGACUUAAAACAAAGUGUUUUAAUAAAGUGUAUUGUUAUGGAAAAUUAUACUGCUACUGGUUCAACAUAUUUGGAGAUAAAUUCUCACACUUUACACCAAA